CCCCAGCUCCCAGCUCCCAGCCUCCCCAGCCGGACGAUGCACAGUGCAGCACAUGGCUUUCAGAGAGCGCUGACAACUUGCAGCACCCUGGUGCUGGUGUGUGCGCUGCUGGGAGCUGCUGGCAGGAGAGAAGUGGUCACAUCCCUGCGCUCCUCUCACCACCUCCUCUGCCUCCCACAGCAGCACAUUCUCAGUGCCAGGAGCCCCAUGAUGCGGCUGCUCCUGCUCAUGCUGCCCUCACUGCUCUGCGCUGCUUCAGAGCCUCUUCUGACUCCCUCCAGGGACGGGUACGUGUGUCCCCUGGGGCAGUUUCCCUGCGGCAACCUCUCCAUCUGCCUGCCCCAGGCCCUGCACUGCAACGGGAUGGACGACUGUGAAAACGGUGCUGAUGAGGAGAACUGCGUGGACACCACGGGCUGGCUGGGGGUGCUGGGCGACAUGCUGGCUGGGAACAGCGGGACAGUGGCGGAGGACGAGGCGGACACCUGCUCGCUGGAGCUGUUCCCGGGGCGGUGCCGGUGCUGGGGAAGGGCCGUGGACUGCACCGCACAGGACCUCAGUGCUGUGCCCCGGGUGUCCCUCAAUGUGACACAGCUGGACCUGAAGAUCAAUAAAAUCCGUUCUCUGCUGGACAACCAGUUUGCUGGGUACCAGGGCCUGAGGAAGCUAUUCUUGCAGAAGAACAAGAUCCGUGUGAUCUCACCCAAGGCAUUUGCUGGACUUUUUCAGCUCAAGAUGCUGUUCCUCAGCCACAACAGGAUCGCCCGGCUGCUGCCCCGCACCUUUGAGGACCUGCACCGCCUCGAGUGGCUGAUGUUGGACAACAACAGGAUCGCUCGGAUCGCCCCUGCCACGUUCUUGGGGCUGAGGUCGCUGUACUUCCUGUACAUGCUGAACAACUCCCUGGUGAAGAUACCCGAUGGUUCCUUCUGUGCUGAGACACCAAAGCUGAGCUGGCUGGAGCUGGAAGGAAACAGGAUCCGGGCGGUGCGUGGGGCCGUCUUCCAGCAGUGCCGUGAGCUCACUGUGCUGAUCCUGCGCAGGAACAGGCUCCGGUGGAUCCAGAGCGGGACGUUCUCUGGGCUGAGCAGGCUGGUGGAGCUUGACCUGUCCCUCAAUGGGCUGGACGAGCUCCGGCCAUCGCUGUUCCACGGCCUGGUCGCGCUGCAGCAGCUGAACAUCUCCUACAACCCCCUGAAAGAGAUCUGCCCCAGACACUUUGAGAGCCUGCCCCAGCUGCUGUCCCUGAGCCUGGAGGGGCUGGAGAUCCCCAACAUCCACAACGUGACCUUCCGCGGGCUGGCCAACCUCUCCCACAUCUACUUCAAGAAGUUCCAGUACUGCAGCUCCGCACCCCACGUGCGCAGCUGCAAACCCAACACCGACGGCAUCUCCUCCUUCGAGCACCUCCUGGCCAGCAUCAUCCUGCGCGUCUUUGUCUGGGUCAUCGCCUGCGUCACCUGCCUGGGCAACCUCUGUGUCAUCUGCAUGCGGUCCUGCGUGGUGGCGGAGAGCAGCGCGCACACCAUGGCCAUCAAGUCCCUGUGCUUGCCUUGCCUCCCCCCAGGUGCGGAUGGCCUGAUGGGCAUCUACCUCUUCGUCAUCGGCGCCUUUGACCUGAAGUACUCGGGGGAAUACAACAGGCACGCGCAGGGCUGGAUGGCCAGCAUGCCGUGCCAGCUGGUGGGCAGCCUGGCCACGCUGUCCUCCGAGGUGUCCGUGCUGCUGCUCACCUACAUGACCCUGGAGAAAUACUUCUCCAUCGUGUUCCCCUUCAGCCACCGCAGAGCUGGCAGGAAGCAGACGGCCUCGGUGCUGGCCGCCAUCUGGCUGCUGGGCCUCUCGCUCAGCGUCGUGCCGCUGUGCUGCAAGGAGUCCUUUGGCAACUACUAUGGGAGGAAUGGGGUGUGCUUCCCGCUGCAGUCCGAGCUGGGCGAGCGGCCCAGUGCCCGGGGCUUCUCCACCACCAUCUACUUGGGCUUGAACCUCGCGGCUUUCAUCACCAUUGUCUUUGCCUACACCGGCAUGUUCUACUCUAUCCGCAUCACCGCCUGCAGAACAGCACAGAGCAGCGUCUGCCCCCGAGACGUGGCCAUUGCCAAGCGCUUCUUCUUCAUCGUCUUCACUGAUGCACUCUGCUGGAUCCCUAUCUUCCUGCUCAAGCUGCUCUCCCUGCUGCAGGUGGAAAUCCCAGAUGGUAUUGCCCCACUUUACUGCGUGGGGCGCUCCCCCGUGGGGGAGGCUGGCUGCCUGAUGGCAUUUCCUGGUUGGAGCAGGCACCAUCACAUCCUGGGUGGUCAUCUUCAUCCUGCCCAUCAACAGCGCACUCAACCCCAUCCUCUACACCAUCACCACGGCUCCCUUCCAGGAGAAGGUGAAGGGCCGCCUGCAUGCCCGGCGCCCAGAGCUGAGCUCCCGGCAGAGCUUCAUGCUGGUGGUGCUGUAGGCAGGCAGAGGCAGCCUCUGACCCUGCCUGGCAGCGUGAGGCCCCAGCACACCGGGCACUCCCUGCACAGCUCAGCCCCUGAGGCAGGUUCAAGGCUGCGCUCAGGUUGGGCCGCAUUCUGUGACCCAGAGAUGUGACCCAGAUGGCUCCGAUCACGGCUCCCCCCGCACCGCAUCACCGCCCUGCUCAGCUCUGCACGGAGGCAUCAGCCUGCAGCACCCACUCAUCACCAGGAUUCCUCCAUCAGCCAGCAGCUAUCGUUAGUACUUUAUUAAUCACACGGAUAGGAAGAGCAGCCCCGAUCCAAGUCAAACAAUCUGUUGCAUUGCCUAUGAUACAAAACAAGAAAUAGCCCCUUAAAUACAAAAUACACAUCUUCUGAGUGAACAUCACCUGGCGCUGAGCUCUACCACCGCAGUUAUAUAUUAAUAUUCCAACUGUACAAGUAUUUAUAUAGAAAAAAAAAGAAAUGUUUAAAAAAAUAUUAGGAGAAAAAUCACUCCCUCAAGAAGUUAUAUUUUUUAUAUAUAUAUAAAAUAUAUAUAUAUAAAAACAGAA